AUGAAUGUUGAAGAAAUAAAAUAUAAGUUGAAAGAAUUGCAUAAAAAAUAAUAGGAGAGCUUAAGUAAGAGAAAAACUUUGAUCAAAGAAAUUAAAAGCAUGCCUUUUUAAAGGAACAUUAAUAAAAACAAGAAAUUAAAGGAUGAGAACGAUAAGAAUUUUUUGAAGACUUUUGUAAUAAAUCUUGACGGCGCAAAGGAGGAACGUGCAGAAAAGUAAAAGUAGCUUGAUCAAAAAGUACCCAUUGCCUUAAAAGAGAAAGAUAGAAGAAUAGUAAAAUGUCUAUUUGGAAACCAUUUACAAAGAGCAAAGCAAGAUUUAGAUGGAGAAAAAUAGAAAUUAGACAAACAAAUAGAGAUAAAUAAAAGAUUGGAGGAUAAAGAAAGGCAAGAUUUGAUGGCCUUCAAAGAAAAUUAGGAUAAAAAAAAAGAAAAAUUAGUGACAGAAAGAAAGUUAUUGGAAAGAGAGUUGGCAGCUGAUGAGUUUAGAAGACAAUAAUUGUUAUUAGAGCUCUAAUUAAAAACAAUGAGAGAAUUCUUUAUCACAAAAACAGCUCCAUAUUUGUUAUGGCAACCAGUUAAAACAAAUGAAGGAAUGAAUCCACUUAAAGAAUACAGUAAUGAGCGAUUCAAUGAAAUGGAAAAAGAUCUAAAGGAGAAAUUACAGAAAGCAUACUAAUAAUUUAUUGAUUUUUAAAGUCAGAAAAUAAAGGAAUAGACUAUCGAACAAGAGCAGGAGAGUUCUCAAUCAGAAAGUGAGGAUUCCUAAGAGAAACCAAAAGAAGAAGGGUAAGAAUGAUGAAAAAUUAUAGGUAAUAAUUAAAUAUUCGACAUCUCUUC